AAAUGGUGAUAUUCACUGAAGCAGCAGCUUCAGUCAGCAGCAGAAAUAUCAAAGAUGGCGAGUGAAACAGCAAGACGCCGAGUUGAGAUGAUUGGCGCUCACUUCUCCGCCGUCGAUCAUAUCUCCGCCACCGCAGUUGCACCUCAUCUCUUCCCUCUGAAUUGCAGUGGCGGUUUAGCCUCUAUCAAGAGGAGAUGCGACAAUACUAUGCAUUUCGCCAGACAAAAUUUGAAGUCCCAAGGUUGUUACAUGAGGCCCGCUUCAACAGAACAGGAUUGUGUAGACCAAUCAAGUUUGACUUCAAAGUCAACUCAUUCCCAACAAGAUUUAUCAUCUGAACUUGUGACAACACCCAUGUUUUCUCAGCCAGCCAGUAUUAAUUCCAAUCCUCCAAAAGUUAGAAAUAUUCAAUAUGCUGUUGAUGAUUACAUGUCACCUUCAUUACAACCACCUAAAUAUUCCAGAAUAACCGAUGUACCGAUGAAAUUCAGCCACAAGAACAACACACAUGCUACUAAGCGUCUCGGAUUAGAGAAGACAAGAUCCCCGAGGAUGAACAUUGCAGAAUCCGUAGGAAAAUACAUUCUGCUGAUAGAACUGCCCGGGAUUAGUAUAGAUGAUAUAAGAGUUGAAGUCGAUAAUACAACUCUGACUGUACGAACAACCAAUGGGAAGACUGCAGCAUGCUAUUUUAAUGGUUGUACAAACUCUUCAUAUUACAAAAAGGAGAUUCUAGAAGGACCGUUCGAAAUCAAGUGGCCAUUACCCUGCGGUGUGAACCCGGAUUCUGUUUCAGCUGAAUUUUUGGACGGACUUUUGCGCAUUACCAUUACUAAACUUUGAGUCCCGGCCUCGUGAUGCAGCGUUUCGGGUUAUUCGUAGAUAUAUACUUGUAUAUUGUAGAAUUGGUCUAAAGUCAUCUUGUUGUUGACUUGUUGUCUUUAAUGGUUACAAAUUAUAGACUUGCUUGAUACACCAUAUAUAUAAAUUUCAUAAUUGUGUUGCUUUUAUGGUAA